AGUGAAAGGAGUGCAAGCGUGGGCAUACAGGGUAAACAACACCGCCACCAUCUUACUACAGUUUAUAUACUUUUAUUCUUCAAUGGACGGACUAUUAUACAACCCCCAAAUGAUGGCGGACGUAAAUGGCAACAGUAAUCUAAUGAGCGCAGAGCUGGAGGUGAAAAAGCUUAAAGAACUCGUCCGAAAAUUGGAAAGGCAAAACGAACAGCUCAGGACAAGAGCGAACGCUACGAACAAUUGCACCUCCAGUGCCCGUCUGUUAUCAUCACCAUCUUCGGCCUGUUUUGGAGGUCCGGCUGGCCCAGACGCCAGUCCAUUUUACACCGGGAAUGGUUGCGUUUCACCCCGAAUACCGACCCUCCCGUGUUCUCCGUCUUUUGGACUAUGCACAUCAGAUGAGCACUAUCCAUAUUUCCUUCCGCAGUCAGUAAAUGAUGUUGAUGUGGAUGAUGGUACUGUACUGGAUGAGCUUGAAAUUCUUGACCUGAAUGUUGUUCUUCCCAUCGAUGGAGAUUCAGAUUAUAACUGGUUGUAUGUGUCUCCAAAAGCCAAGCUGUUUCCUCAUCUUCUCAUCAGCUCUCUUCAGUGGUGUAGACAUGUGCUGGACAACCCCAGACCAGAGGUGGAAUUAGCCAAACGUUCAUUGUGUUACAAACUGGACCAAGCCAAAAGAUGGAGAGGGGUCCUCUCAGGCUGUGUGUCUUCAAGCAUUCCUUACUGUCCUGUAGAAGGAGUCUCUUCUUUAAGCAGCUGUUCUAAACCCUUUACUAAACCUGCACUAACUGAGCAAACAGAUCCAUCUUCACCAAACCAGCAUCAGUCUCUCACAGGGAGGAACUGCUCAAGCCUCACUGAGAGAUCUCCCACAUUCCUCUAUCACAAGGCACAACACAGUAAUAGUCCUCGGCCGCAGCCUGUCAGUCCUCAGUCCUCCAUUGACAGUGAGCUGUGCGUCUCUGAACUGGAGGACGACUCUAUCUCUAUGAGCUAUAAGAUUCAGGACAUGACUGAUGUGGAGGUCAUGGCCCGACUGCAGGAGGAGAGUCUACGGCAGGAGUAUGCAACCACAGCAGCCACAGCAACGCGCCGUAGUGCCAGUUUUUCGGUACACACAGGUGUGCGCAGAGGCAUAAGAAGUGAGGCUGAGCUAGAGGAAGAGGAAGCGUAUGAUCAGCUGUCCGCUCCACAGCCACGACUGUUCCGCACAGCCUCCAUGCAGCGCAGCGUGUCCCACUCACUGAACCUCUCCAGCGCAAAAGACUGUCGGCUCAGCCCCUCCACCCCUCAGUACCUUAACAACCUGUCCUAUCAGCAGCUCCACAUCCCCAGCCACAACACAGCAGAACCCCAGAGUUACAGAGCCAACACAGAUAAGCUACGAAGGAGCAUGCCAAACCUACUUCGAGCUCCCAGCAUUCCCAGCGUACUUAAUGUGCCUAAUUUUUCUGCUCCGACUGGUCACAUUGCCACAUCUUCCUCAUCAUUGUCCUUACUGCGAAACAGUCAGAGUUUUGAUUCCCACAAUGGUCUCACCAAGAUACAGUCUGCAAUUCCUUCUCCUGGUCAGCUACAGCAGCGUGUUCAAAGUCUGGGCAGCUUCUCUCUGACAACACGGCCAACUCUGAAAGCCACAGCUUAUGUGAGCCCUACAAUACAGAGUGCCACCACAAUGCCUUCUUCUGUUAGUCUAAACUGUAUUCCCAGCAGUAGCAUCCCUCUGCCCAGUAAACCCAGCACCCCCUCCUCCAUGAGUCGUAGUGCUCUACCUCGACCGGCUUCCUUCGUCGGGACAAGUGGGGCCUCACGCAGUAAAAUUGCCCAACCAGUACGCAGUUUACUGACACCUCCGAAGAGUGUAUCUGCUCUGAGCGCUCUGCGUGAGGGAAGUUGGAGAGAUGGCUGCUAUUAACCUGAGGAAACCCUGCUGUGCAAUCUGUCCCAAACAUGUUUCAACCCAGCUGGCUGGGUUAACCUUUUGCUUGUAGACCUCAAAUGGAAAAAAAAACAAUAUCAAAGUGAUAUAAAGUUCAAAAGAACUGUUAAGGAAUGCAAUACAUGAUCAUUGCAAUAUGCCCGUUGACUAAAAUCCUGGCAUUAUGCAUACAAUUGUUAACAUGGAAAUCAUUUCUCUUACUGCAGCACAAUUUUUUUAACAACUGAAACAAAUCAUCAAAUUAUAUUAUUAAUUAAAAAAAGACAUUAGGAUUUAUAGGCAAAAGUAAUUUGCUGUCUACCACAUAGCACUUUUAUUGUUGAAUUGCAUUGUUACAUUAGAAACCCAUUGUGCCAGAGUAGUACCAGAAAUGUUACAUUACUUUUAUUAUGUUGAAAAUUAUUUUGCAAGAAGAAAAGGAAGUGAUUAAAGGCUUGCUACUGAGAAUUAUACAAGGGACUAAUGCAUUUGUAAAAGCAGUCUAAAUGUUACACGAAUAGUAAUUUACAAAAGUACAAGUGCAACCUUUCUAGAUUGUAUGUUUACAUGAUGCUCAUAAUGUAGAGCACUGUGGAUAAGACAUUUGCACAUUAAAUGGUAACAUUGUUUGUCUUUUAUGAUGAACAGAUUUAUGAUGGAAGGAAAUGUUGCCAAUGUUACAAUAAAGGCUUUUGAACUUUGCUAGGAAAUGCUUUCGACCUGGAGUAGAUGUCGUCAGUAAAAGGGAACUGAAAUAUACAAGUUGAUUGGACAGCAUUAAAACACUAUAAAUGUUAAUUUCACACUGUAGCUGGAAAAUCCUUGUAACAGACUUUUACCAAAGCAUGAAUAACCAAAACACCACAUAAUAAGCAAUACAUCAU